AUGGUGCCAACAGGCCAGGCUCAGAAGCGGAACCCAGCGCGCUUCGUCUACGUGACCCGCUUCGGCUCGCACCAGUGCGGUGGCGUCCUGGAGCUGGGUGGUCCCGGGCCUGGAGCCCGCCGCCGCCGCCGCCAGAAGGAGCCACGGGAAGCGGUGGCAAAGCCGGGGGUCCUGGGCAGCGGCGAGCCGCACACCGGCUCCCGGCCCAAGGGCGCUGUGGCUCCCACCUCCGCCGGCCCCCAGCUGCGGGCGUCGGGCACUGCGAGGGGAACCAGGCCCGCGGCGCGUGCAGACGGCGCGGGUAGGCGGGGCGAGGCGAGGGGUGGGCCGGGCAGGGCCGGGCAGGGCCGGGCCGAGCCGGAUUUAACCCAGAAGGAUGCAGCUAAAGUGUUUGACUUUCCCGUUCAGUUGCGUGAAUCUUGCAAAAUAAUGAAAAAAAGAAAAAAGAUAUCAGUGUGGGAUAGUGUAUACAAAGUCAUUUCUAGAAUGCUUGAAGAAAAUGAAAAUUACAGACUUAGGCUUAACUGCCAAAGAUCAUCUAGUGAAAACUCAAGUUAUACAAAAUAAACCUUCCUGUCAUCAUCCGGAUUAACCUAUCUUUGGGUCUGUUUCCUGGGGAAGACGAUGAAGAGUUGAAAGAUGGAAUGUUAAAUGGAAUCAUAUUUAUUUAUUAUUUUGGGAUGUUUUGUUGGAAUUAUGACUUUAUAAAUUGAAUGGAAAAAUGUCUCUAAAUUAAUGGCAUUUCUUUGUAAAUCAAUAAAAAUUUUAGUUAAAUGUUGUUAUAUGCAUGUUAUUUUCAAAAUUAAUACUUAUUUUGGAUACUGUAAAUAAUUGUAUACAUAAAAUUUGAAUUAACACAUCAGUACAAUUGCAUGUGUUUAUAAUUGCCAAUUUUUCCUCUUCAUUAGUCUGCAAUAGCUGCUUUAUAAUCCUUUCUUUUAUAUGUAACAGCUUUAAAUUAAACGUGCAUUCAUUUGAAUUAUUUUGACUUCCUCGUUUUUUUUUUUUUUUCUUAAAACCUACCUGUAUAGCAGCAAUUAUCUUGGGUAUUGUAAUGGUUGAUACAUUAUGUCAACUUGGUUUAAAAGUUUCUGGAGCCAGGAUCCUUUGUAAAUAUCCUGUGCCUAUGCAAGAGGAGGGGAAGGAGGUGGUGUAUGUGCUAUCUCACCCUAGUGGGUGGUAGCUCACUUACAAUAUGAGGACAAGCGACUUGCUCUUCUCCACCUUGUGCUUUUGCUGUUUUUGCUGUCU